CUACCGCAAGUAACGGGAUUUGGUUCAAAUGUACACCCAUUUUAUUGAAUCUACCAGGAGUCUUUGGGUUACUGCAGAGGUUUUUGACCACAGUUGGCCUCUUUCAGAAGCUCUUUUGUGGUUUGUUGUGAAAACUUGGCGUGAGUGAGGAAAGCCGUUAGUUGUGGCUGGAAACUGAAGCAAGGUGAAGUCGCUCCGUUUGUAUUUGACAACGUACGAGAGGAGAAAUAUGAUAGAAAUAGGUUCUAACUUCCUUCCUGCUGCUCCACCGACUCGAUGCGCAGGUCUGUCCGCAGGUUUUCUGCAUAAGAAGUAGCUUGCAUGGGUAGUAGGUGCUCGUUUCCUGUUUCCUCUCAAAGCCAAACCUGCCCAGCUUCAUCUGAUCUCUAACUUGUGAAGUGCCAUGAUCAUCCGGCCCACAUGUCAAAUCUCACACAAGAAAUGGCAUCACAGAAGACUGUGCAGGAGUGGUGCUGCAUCACAUGCGCCAAUUAUCCCAAUGUGGAAAUAAAAAACAUGUCAACCUCAUUCAGGGAUGGACUUGCUUUUUGUGCCAUCAUCCACAAACACCGACCUGACUUGAUAGAUUUCAGCUCCCUCUCCAAAGAUAAUGUGUUUCAAAAUAACAAACUGGCUUUUGAGAUUGCAGAGAGGAAGCUGGGCAUCCCUGCAUUACUGGACCCAAAGGACUUGGUUUCUACCAAGGUUCCUGACUGUCUGAGCGUCAUCACCUAUCUGUCCCAGUACUACCACUUCUUCAACAGGAAGUCUUAUGGUCUCCCCAGUUUGAGGUCAUCACAUGUCACUUCCUUAAACAACCUCUCGAAGAGUAAAACUCCUGAUGGUCUGAAGCCCCUGAAGAGCCCGACUGAGCCGGAAACCAGCAGAGAAGAUCGUUCAUCCAGCAGAAGGCCACGGACAGUGUGUGUUUCGUGUUUUAUGCCUGUCCACCUCAUACAGAGACGUUUGAUUGACGGGAAGGUCUACCACCGCAGCUGUUUCAGAUGCACAGUGUGCCGCAGCACUCUUUUACCGGGGUCAUACACACAGGGAGGAGAUGAUGGCUCCUUGAUCUGCAUUCACCACAUUACAGACAGUAAAAGUUCUCAUGUUGACCUCAGUCAGCAGAGUAGAUCCACUGAGAGUCACUUUCAGCCAGGUUACUUUUCUCUGGGCGGGUCGGCUAUCAGCAGCGUCCCUCAUUACACUAAGACAACAGAGUCACAGGACAGACUGGUUUGUACAACACCGCAGUCAGAGGGGAAGGGAAGGCAGGAGAGAAUCAGAGAGCUGAACCACAGAGAAAACAGAGACGCAACUGUUGGCCUAAAGGGCAACGCAACAAAGCCAGCGCCUCCUCAACCUCCUCCAGACACGAGCCUCGAAGGGGCUGGAGAAGCAGAACACGCAUCCAUCUUGGCAGAAAGCAAGAAACAGCAGGAAGUGGCAAAGACUCAAGAAAGCCGUGAGCUUUCUUCACCGUGUGCACAAGUGACAGAAGGAAGUGGUCGUCCCGUUCCAGCACCCAGGCGAAUGUUGGACUCUUCUGGAGCGCCUGUUCCUGCACCCAGGACCAGAACUGCCUCAGGCACCAACAGCUCCCCUGCUGCAGGCCAACAUAAAGGUUCACCCAACUCAUCUCACAUCACCAGCCCGGCCCGGGGUAGUCCUAAAAUACAAACCAACCAUCCAUGGAUGACCAUCGUCCACCCCGGGCCCUGGACCCAGCUGCCCCCAGCUCCAGCACCAGUACCCACGCCUCGAUCCAAGUCUGUUUCAAAACUGCGGAGGCCGUGUAAGAGACCCACAGUGCCUCCUCCUCCCAAUCCAUUUGGAGAGGACGAGGACGAGGACACGAAGGAAAAGGCCGCUACACCUGGCACGGUUUGUUCAAGUGGCGCUGAAAAUACUGAUAGUAAUGUGGGAGCUUCAAGUGAACCAGCUGGAGAUACUAGUCAACUGGGUCUGUCAGAUUUGGAUGAAACUGAACCCACAAAAGGUCCAAAACCACAUGUGGCUGAAGCGUCGCAGAGUCACAUUCUAUCCAGGAGUGUGUCUGUGCCGGCCAUCACAUCUGCACACUGUCAGAGUUCCCUUUUGCGUUUUGACUCAACAGAGGAAAAUAAAUCUGAUCAGUUCUCCAGUCAAAGCAAGCUGGCCUGCAAGGAGAAUCCUUUUGAUCGAAAACCUGCGAUGUCCAAGUCAAAGACCUUUCAGGACCUGCCAUCAACACGGGCCCCUGCCCCCGGACACGGCUUCCCACUCAUCAAGAGGAAGGUGCAGACGGACCAGAAUGUGUCCAAAGAAGACCUGCAGGUGGAGAUCAGGGAACUGGACAAACAACUGGAGGCACUGGAACAAAGAGGAGUGGAACUGGAGGGGAAUCUCAGAGACGAAAAGAAUGAUGUCGAGGAGGAGCAAAUGCUGAUGGAGUGGUUCUCUCUGGUCCAUGAGAGACAUGUUCUGGUGUGCAGAGAAACAGAGCUGGUUUAUCUAACAAAGCAGCACAAAUUAGAGGAACGACAGGCAGAUGUGGAGUACGAGCUCAGAUGUCUCCUUAAUAAACCAGAGAGCGACUGGAGUGAGGAGGAUCGAGGUCUAGAGCAGCAGCUGAUGGAUGAGCUGGUCGCCAUCAUCGAACAGAGGAACCAGAUCGUCAGCAGCUUGGAUCAGGACAGGCAGAGGGAAAGAGAAGAAGAUCUGCUGUUGGAGUCCAUGAUGAAGAACAAAAACCUCCAGAAAGAAGGAUUUAAAGAGGUUAAGAAGUCAAAAGGAAAGUUCAAGUCCAUAAAGAUGUUUAAGAGGCUGAACCAUAAAGCAGAGAGCAGCAAAGACUAUCAUGCAUAGCACUAUCAUGACUGCGGAAAUUCUUACGUCCAGGCAAAUAAAAAUGUGGUGGUAAAGUAGAAUAUGGUCACAAUUAUGAAACAGUUUAUGAAUUUUAUGAGGCUGUGUUAUAAAUGAACAUUUUCUCUUUCAUGUUUCUUUACUUGCCCUAUGUCCUGUAUGCAACCACUAUUUAUGUUAUUAUUUUUUAUGUUAUUAAAUACUUGCAUUAGUUGAAGUAUGCAAUAAAUAUGUAUUUGGAGA